CAAGGCACGCUAGGCUGUACAUUGUUAUUGUAGUCGGCUGCUGCUCGAGCGCGCACGAUCAUAUGCCUUGUCGGCAGGCAGCCUCGGGCGCUUAAUUGUUAACGAUGCCCGUAGUUGUCAGCUUUGCUCAUGACCACGAUGUCCUCUCUCCCGCCAAUAUUCUAUCACUAUUUCUCGACACCUCUUCCAUACGCAAGGACCCUAUCUUUACAGGAAUAUUUGCAUAAGAUUCAACUCACCCAGCGACGCGCUGGUGUGAAUUACAAGGAUCUACUGCUAUUGCUGCAGCAUCGACCAGUGUAUACGGCUGGACGCAGACAGGUGUCCUCUUCUCCGGAGGUCGUGGCUGAGGCAGCUCGCCUGAGAGAUAUUGGUGCAGACUUUGUUGCUACGCAGCGGGGGGGUGAGACGACGUACCAUGGACCCGGUCAGAUUGUCGGCUACCCGCUUUUGGACCUCGGGCGCUGGUCGCCCCCACUCGGCAUCCGAGAGUACAUAUGCAAAAUGCAGAAGACCCUCGAGGCGCAUCUUUUGGAGGCACACGGCAUCAGGCAUUACCCGAGCGAGCACACCGGUGUUUUCUUAAACGACCACACGAAGAUUGCCAGUAUCGGGGUACAGGUUAGGCAUAGGUUGACAACCCACGGCUUCUCUCUUAAUAUCACCCGAGAACCCCUUGCGUGGUUCUCAAGGGUGGUUGCGUGCGGGCUGGCGGGUGUCGAUGCUGGAUGUAUUGCCGAUGCUACCACCCGUCCCAACACUCAUAUCACUGUGGAAACCGAGGUGGAUGGAUUGGUGACUAGGUUUGGGAAAAUGUACGGAAGAGAUAUGGCCAAACUCAAUAUGGGCAGCGAGGAGGAAGUGGUGCAAGCGAUACGGGCCGUAGAGAAGGAAGCAAAGCAGGCAGAAGGCUGGCUUGAAGCACCAACUCAAUAGUCUGUUUCGAGGCUCCAAAUUUGAGGAACAACCAACUACCGAUUCGAACCAUGCUAUUGUUCGUUAUAUAAACUCAGGGCCGGACCUUAGCGGUCAAGACAUUACAGAGACUGCAAGGCUCGCGACGAUACCGGAAUCGGAAACACGUAGAUAAGGGAUACGCAAUUAUAUGGGCUUCUGAACUCCUGGUUCUCUACACGCACGACUCCGCUCACGCAAGGCCUACAGGGCAAGUUCUCACCAUCAACUUAUACCUUUUGCGCUGAAUGUGCUGGAAUUGACAUCAUCGCCGC